AAAAAAAAUAUACCUAAGAUGGAUAAUGAAAAUAAUGAUGAAAGAUAACAGGAUGAUGAAGCUGUUGAUUUUCAAAAGUGUGUGAAAAAAUAAAGACCUACAUUUCGGAAAUAGGAGAAAAAAGUUACUCACUAAUGUGAAAAAAAAUUUGUAAUUAUACUGUAGUUGUUAUACCUAUUAGGUCAGAUGGCUUUAUUUACGUAUGUCAAAACUGUUGUGUACGAAUCUCAUAAAUAUCCACAUCAGUGUUCAAAUUGCAUGAUUAUUGUAAAAAAUACUAUUUUAAUGGCAUGAAAAUAGUUUUGGGAAGUAUGGAAGGUACUUUAUGGAAGUGGACGAAUUAUUGGAACGGUUGGCAGACAAGGUGGUUUGUACUCAAAGAUGGAAUUUUAAGUUACUAUAAGUCCCAGGACGAAGUUUCGCAAGGAUGCAAGGGCUCAAUGAAAGUUCAGGCUUGUGAAAUAAAUGUGAGUCAAUUAGAUAAUACAAGAAUGGAUUUGGUUAUACCUGGUGAGCAGCAUAUGUAUUUAAGGGCUGCCACAUCACAAGAAAGACAACAAUGGCUUGUUUCUUUAGGUAGUUCUAAGGCCUGUGUUAGGAACAGAAAAGAUAUAGUUGAAGUUAAUCCUGAUGCUCUCAAAACAAAAAAGUCUGAACUACGUUUAUACUGUGAUUUGCUCAUGCAACAAGUCCAUUUAAUAAAAACAGCCUCAAAAAGUGAAGAUCCAUUGGAGUUCCAGCAAAUGGAUGAAGCGACAAAAAUGUUGGGAGCAACUUGUGAUACUUUCAUAAAAACAUUAGAAGAAUGCAUGAAGUUGACAAGUGCAAAUAUUAUAUUUGACCCACCCAUUAGUAGUGAUACAAUUUUGCCGCCUAAUAAUAUGAACUCCACAGUCAAAAAGAAAAGUAUUAUGAAAACAGAAGAAACUUGAGAUGACAAUAGACUGCAUUUUUACUACCUGUAAUAAUAGAGUCAUACUUGAAUAUAAGAGAAUUUUCUAUCUGUUAUUUAUUUGUGUUAUUACAUACAUAUAAUGUUUGUUGUCUAAAUCGAGAUUUAAUCUGUUAUUUAUGUUUUUAGUUUAAAAUAUAUUUUAUAUUAGUCAAACUUCACUGAUAUGACUUGUUUAAGUUUUUCUUGAAUUAUUCCUAAUUUGACAUUUUAGUUUAUUAUUCUUUCAAUUGAUAUGUAAGAAGUUGUUGGGAAUUUCAACUGGAUUUGUUAAUUCUAGACAUUAUUCCAUUUGCAUUCCAUUGUUCGGUUUAUUGUUUUACAACAAAAAUCAAUAUUGUUGUGAAAAUUAUUUCUUCCAUUAGCAAAAGAUAUGUGAUAUUGUUUAAUUGACAGAGAAUUUUAUCAUAUGUUGAUAUUUAGUUUUGAAUUUGAAUAAUUCAUUUCCUUUUGUUUGUAUUGAAGUUGAAAUAUUGUAACCAACGAAAAAUCAAUUAAAACAUAACCUUUA